AUGGCUUCUGUCUAUCUUCAUGAAUUUAGGAGAUUUUGGGGGCUCAACAUCCCUCUUUCCCGCGGCUGUGCAAUGAGGGCUUCCACUCUUAGAAAGGAGGUGCAAAUGUAUGCUGGUCCAAGGGAUGCUUCUGACAGCAUGCAGGAUGGUAUUCAUCGGUUCUUUGGAUGUCUCUGGCUUGGGACUGGUUUCCAGCAGCUUACUUAA